GCAUUGUGACCAGCAAUGGGGAGACCUGGAGGCAGAUACGACGAUUUACCCUCACCACCCUGCGUGAUUUUGGAAUGGGGAAGAAGGGCAUUGAGGAGCGAAUCCAGGAGGAAGCUUGUUUUCUGGUGGAGAGGAUCAGGAACACACAUGAGAAACCUUUCAAUCCUACUGUGUUUUUAAUGCAUGCUGUUUCCAACAUCAUCUGCUCCAUUGUAUUUGGGGAUCGGUUUGACUAUGAGGACAAGAAAUUUCUGGAUUUAAUUGAGAUGCUGGAAGAAAAUGAAAAGCACCAGAAGAGAAUACAAACACAGCUCUACAAUUUCAUGCCAACCAUCCUGGAUUAUUGGCCUGGGCCUCAUAAAACACUAAUAAAAAACUUUGAUAAAGUUGAUGACUUCAUUACUGAAAUCAUAAAAGCACACCAGGAAUCUUUUGAUCCCAGCUGCCCUCGAGAUUUU